AUGGAUGUGGUGGGAGAAAAUGAGGCCUUACAGCAGUUCUUUGAAGGGCAAGAUGUCCAUGGAGCCUUGGAGAAUCCAAUGGUGGAUACAAGCAUGUUGGAAGAAUUCAUUAGUAGUGACAUAGAGUUCGGAACUUUGCAAAGCCAGUUGCCAGACUCCCCACCAGACUCUGGAUCAGAACCAUGUUCUCCACCGCAGCUACAGACCCCACGGUAUGAUACUACAUGGCCCAGUGGGCUGCAGCCUCCGCUCCCAUGCCCUUCUGCUGUGGCACCCAGCAAGCUUCCCUGCAGGUUCAUGGAGGCUUACCCUGACCCCAGUGCCAUUGGGCAUCCUUGCAGCAUCUCCCAAGGCUGCGGGCUGAAGACGGAAAACGCUGUGACUCCUUGGAAUCAUUCUACAUCCUCCAGCUCUUUGGGUUUUAAUUAUUCAUACUUUCAGCCUAAUGCAUCUCAGAUUUCUGGUAUUUCUGCAGCAUCAGGCAAAAAAAGGAAGCUUUCCCAGUUACUGAGUGAUGUCACUUAUUCUCCAGUGCAGUCUCAGGACUCCAGACAAGCAACUGUUAAGGACUGUGCUGCUGAAGUGCAAGAAUAUGACAGUGAUGGACAGAAUGCAGCCUUGGAAAAAUGCUGUCAAGCUCUAACGUGGCAACCAUAUCAAACUUCCCAGUGGAACAGUUUAUUUAACUCUAAUUAUGAAAAACUACCUGCUGUAGGCUAUCACAUUGUCACAGAUAAAGGAUUUAAUUUUUCAACAGCAGAUGAUGCCUUUGUGUGCCAGAAGAAGAAUCAUUUCCAAAUCACAGUCCAUAUUAGAAUCACUGGACAUCCAAACUAUGUCAAAACUCAGCUAGGGGGAAAACCAAUAGAAAAGUUUUACUUGAAAGCUUAUGGAAUUAAGGUGGAAGCUCCAAAUCAAACAAUUACUAUUGAGCAGUCUCAGUCAGAUCGCAGCAAAAAAACUUUCCAUCCUGUUAAAGUUGAUCUGCCAGGGGACCAGGUGACGAAAAUAACACUGGGAAGGCUGCAUUUCAGUGAAACAACAGCAAAUAAUAUGAGAAAAAAGGGGAAACCUAAUCCUGAUCAGAGAUACUUCAUGCUGGUAGUUGGACUGUAUGCUGUCUCUCAGGACCAACUUUACCUACUAUGUGCAAAUGUCUCUGAAAAGAUAAUUGUGAGGGCAUCUAAUCCAGGGCAGUUUGAGAAUGACACUGAUGUGCUGUGGCAGCGAGGACACGUUCCAGAGACGAUAGUCUAUCAUGGUCGAGUAGGAAUUAACACAGAUGCACCAGACGAAGCACUGGUUGUCUGCGGAAAUGCAAAAGUUAUGGGCAGAGUCAUGCAUCCAUCUGACAGCCGAGCAAAACAGAAUAUCCGGGAGGUCGAUACAAACGAGCAGUUGAGAAGAAUAAAACAAAUGAGGCUGGUGGAAUAUGACUACAAGCCUGAAUUUGCAUCUGUUAUGGGAAUAAAAGAUACCCAUGAAACAGGAAUAAUAGCCCAGGAAGUGAAGGAACUUUUACCUGAAGCUGUUAGAGAAGUUGGAGAUGUUGCUUGUGAUGAUGGAGAAAAAAUUGAAAACUUCCUCAUGGUUGACAAGGAUCAGAUCUUUAUGGAGAAUGUUGGUGCUGUAAAGCAACUUUGUAAAGUAACGAACAAUCUUGAAGUCAGAAUAGAAGAACUGGAACAGUGGAACAGGAAACUGGCCAGGCUGAAACGGAUAAGCAGUUUAAAGUCAACAGUCAGUGAAGAGAGCAAAGUCAGCAGGUACAGUCAAGCUACUAGUUUUUUGCCAUCAAAAAAAUCAGUCCCGCUAAAAUCCAGCAAGGCUUGUUUGUCUAAAACUGAAGAAUCUUGCUCCAUGAAGAUUUUCCGGGUGAUUAUAGUAGCAUUGAUUGCUAUUAUGGCACUAUGUGCUUUGACAAUAUGGAGCCUGUAUUUACUUAGCAUUCAUGACAGACGUUUUGAGAAACAUCCGGUUUACAGUACCUCAAGUUCUACUUUACACUCCACCACCACUACAACAGCAUUUCAGAUGGAAAGCACAAGUUCUCCGAGCACGCAGCCCAUCAGCAGGAUCCCUGAAGUGAAUUUCUGUGACAUUUUGCCUUGUGACAAGAUCUAUUGUUGUCCAAUUCAUCAACCAAAAGUCAAAUCUCUAAGUUAUGAAAAAAGCAAUGCAAAGGAGAAACGAAACAAAAAUGACAUACUACCUAAAAGAGAUCCAGUCAAAAAACCCAGCAGAAGACCUGAUCUUGGAAAUGACUGGAUUGAUACAACAAUCAGUUCCAUACAGAUUUUGGAAACUCAGCAAAGCAUUGACAAUCGCUAUUGCAGUAAAAAUCUCCAGUGCAGCUCCGGAAAUUACAGCUUUGUUAUUCCUGUUAACAAAUACACACCCAUGGAUGUAGAAAUCUCACUGGAAAUAAACACCACAGAGCCAUUAAUUAUAUUUCUCUGCAAAGUCACAUUUGGAAAUUAUUGCUCCCAUUAUUCUUCAAGCCAAAACACUAGGAAGGAUUUCCUAGAAACCACACAGGGGCGUCAGCAUAUUUGGACUCUCCCUGUAGCUAAGUUUUAUGACAGCGCGUACUAUUUCCGUGUCGCUGUACCGGGUUUUGCUGGCUGCUCGACAGAUCCUUAUUUUGCUGGAAUAUUUUUUACUGAUUACUACUUCUACUUUUAUCGGCAGUGUAACUGAAAUGUUUCCAAACGUUCUGUUCUUUGGGGAGAAGAUGAGGAAACUCUUGAUGUGAAAAAGAGACUUGUGAAUGACCCUGGAUAUUUUUUUAAACCUCUUGCUGAGUUG